UUUGACAGUCGAAUGCUUUUCCCUUUGCAGCUUUUUCGAUUCCGAGAUAAGAGGGUUAGGAAGCAAACAGUGCAUGUAGAGCACUCGGAAGGUCUUGUUGAGCUCAGUGGACAGUUAGGGAGGAAGAACAGCAUACACAGUACUUCAUCGCCCUUUGCUUCAGUUGUCGUCCGUAUUGCAAGUACAACUAAGAACUGGGUGUUGCAGUUGUGCCACUGGCUGUUUGUGGCAGGAUUUCUGCUGUGCAGUGCAGAAUGGACAUUGUACUCCACUAACUCUUCAGGGAUAUGUCAUUCUUACUCAGACGAAGUGCAUCUCUGACCCAUCCGUGCCCGUCCCCGCAGAUGUCUAUUGUCUCCUGCUACCAGCGCUACUGCCACCACCUCGUCGCCAAGGUGACGUCGACGAUGCCCAGGAAACCAGUUGCCACGGCAGCAACGGUGGCAAGACGGGGUUAUGGGUGCGGGGCGCGGCGCGAUCACUCGCGCCGACGGCGGGAGAACACCGUCUGCUCCAGCGGCAGUACAAGCGCUGCAUUGCAGUUUGCAAGGGCUUCCUCGCAGUCAACUAUGAACUCGCUGGACGAAGAGGGGUUGGCGAGCGUAGAAAGCCGGAUGGAGCAGAACCGCAAGAUCAUUAACGACAUUGCCCAAGGCGUGGAGACCGAGUUCCGCGAGAGUGUGUCACAAAUGGUUCUGCCCACGGUGAAGAAGAACUGGGCAAGCAAAAGUAUAGGUAAAAUGCCAUCCGGAAAAGUUACGUUCAAGGCUGGAAAGGUUGCUCCUGAUCUUCAGCAUCUUCCUCCCUACGAGAAGCCUGGCCUGCAGACAAUCCUAACAAACAACGCCAAGGACUUGGAGGCAGCGAUUGACAAGCACUUUCUGCCUAGGCUCCUUCCGUUUUGCCCACCAGAAGUUCGCGAUAAAGAGGAUGUCACGUCUGAAGACAUCUUGAAGGUGUUGGACAUGGCGGAGGAGCCACUGAUGUCGGGCUUGGAUGGUGAUGGCAAGUAUCGUGCCUGUGUUUGCGGACUGGACACCGAAGGCCGCUACAUUGUACUUAUCCAGCUUUCAAUGGGCGACUGUGCCAUCUUGUACCGCAGCUGGGCACUCUGCAAGUUCCCGGAGAACUUCAAGCGCCUACUCCGGAGCAAGGGUCUAGUGAAGCUGGGCGUGGGCGUUGUGGAGGAUGGCCAGGCAAUCCUCAAACAGCACCAGCAGGUAGUGGCCGGCUGUGUGGACCUGCGCAACCUUGCACACGUCGUCUCCGUGUGCUGUCAGACGACUAUUCACGGCAUGUCGUUGCGCAUGCUCGCCGGCCAGUUUGCGGAGGCCCGCCUGUCCAAGACCUACCAAGUCAGCGACUGGGGACGAACUACUCUCUCCGAUGGACAGGUCAGUUACGCUGCGCGCGACGCUACCAUUGCGGAGGACAUCUUCAACAAGAUGAAGGGCUCCCUGGACGGCGCGGGGCUGACGGCGGUGCAGCUGGUGCGACUCUUCAAGCAGUUCUCCGACAGCAAGCAGCUGGUGUCGUUCAGUCGCAAUCAGGCUGUUAGCAUGAGUGAGCCAAUCAGUCCAGACGAGGCAGUGCGCCUGAGCGAGGAGCUGUCUGCGGAGGACCAGCGCGCUAAGUCAGGCGCAGCGACUGCUGAUGGUUCCAAACCGCCGGCGCAGACGAAGCGUGAGCUUGGCAAGGAGGUUGACGCAGUGUGUGCGUCCAUGGAGCAACAGCAGCGCAGGAAGAAGCCGAUGUACAGCAACUGUCGCCUCGUGGAUCGGAACGGUCACUUCUUGGCCAUGGUAGACGAGUCCAGGUCUAAGUGGUACCUGAACAAAAAGCUAGCCGAAAUUGUAUCUGAGUCCCCGGAUAGUUGUGUGACCCUGAAGCUGAAGUUCGACACUCCGGUUCCGAAUUGCCUACGCACGCACAGCGACGAGCCGAGGAAGAACAUCUGCGCGGUUUGCGGCUCUACGGAGAUCCACGCGGUGCUGGCCGUCAUCCCCAAUCUGUACCGUAGGAACUUUCCACUUCGCUUGAGGGCUCACUUCUCGCACGACAAGGUGCUAAUGUGUGAAAGUUGCUCCUCGCAAUAUAACUUUGCGGCCCAUCGCCUAUCGGACUACUAUGAUAUUCGGUAUGGCCUAUCCGUCGGCACCACACGUUCUUCUAUCAACUCCGCAAUAGUAACAGCUAAAUCAGUGCGCAGCGCAGCAAGAGGUCUUGUCCUUCACAAUAAAGGCCAGUUUCCUGAAUCCACCGUCCAAUCACUGACUCGCACCAUUGCUGAAUUCUAUAAGAUAGCAGACUCGGAAGUUACAGAGGAGGUUUUGAAGAAGGCUAUGGACAUUGACAUGACGGAAUUUUCGACCUCCUCAGCAGAGCAUGGUCGACUUGUGGUGGAGAAAGUCAAGGAGAGCGACCCGGAGUAUGGAUAUGAGAGAUUCAUCAUGGAAUGGCGCCAGUAUUUCUUGGACAUCAUGCAGCCUAAACAACUUCCGUCUUUCUGGUCGGUUACCUUUCAGCUUGACGAGAGGCUAGGUAUGGCUGAUGAUGAUAACUGGAGUCCAAGGCAGUUUGGAGGUGAUUUGUCUGACGGCUCGGACGUAGAGUAGACACGAUUGCCGGCCCCGUUGUGAUUACUGCAUUGCCAGAGGCCAGAUCACACAGCUUGCGCUGUCUGUCUGUCUCUCUCUCUCUCUCUCUCUCUCACCCGCUCUCUCUCUCUCUCUCUCUCUCUCUCUCUCUCUCUCUCUCUCUCUCUCUCUCUCUCUCUCUCUCUCUCUCUCUCUCUCUCCGGUGUGCACACACAUGCGCAAACACGAAGUCGGCGUACCUCACAGUCUAGUCUACCAUUCGCCGAGACCGGUUCUAGCCGUUCACGUAUGCAAUGCUAGUGUGUAGUCUGUCUACCAAACAUCCGUACCAUACAGUGUGUCAUCGCCAUGACACGUGAACACUGACAGAAGCACUCGCAGACUGCUAAUCUUAUAAGGCUUUUACUGCUAUAGUGUACAGUAUGUACCGGCAACUGCAGGUGCUGAUUUAUACAGACCCAUAUUGCUGCUGCUGAUGAUGAUCAUCAUCAUCAUGGCAGAAACUAGGGUGAAACCGUAAGUAUGACUGUGCACUUGGUCUCUCAAAGACCUGCUCCCUCUUCCUUAGUUCUCUUACCGGAAUUAUUUUUUUUUACAAUAUUAACCCGGCAUUUUUUCUUCUGAUUUCCUGGUUGUGUCCGUGUUCGCAAAGCAACACCGUGGCGGUGCCCGUGCACAGGAAAGACAUUACGUUUGUUAUUGUCUUGUGGAUACGUGUUUUGUGACAUUCCAAACACCAUGUGUUUUUUGUUUGUUGAGAAUCAUGAUGAUUGUACUGCGAAUCAUGCAGAUGAUUCCGGCUUGA